AUGAAAUCACCAAACUUUGCCUGUUUCUUUGACAUUGAUGGUGUUAUUACAAAAGGUCCUAAUUUCAUAACAGUUGCAAAACCAGCAAUUCAAACAUUGAUUCAGCUCAAUGUACCUAUUGUAUUUGUUUCAAAUACAUGUAUGCUUGAAUCAGAUAAAGCUAAACAAUUAUCAGCUGUACUUGGUGUAACUGUAAGUUAA